UCUAAUCCUUGAAAAUUCCAUCCUUUUAUUUUAUAGUGGUACGAAAAAAUAUUCAUACAAGAGAGUAUAAAAUUUUCUCUCUUCCUCCAUAAAUAGCUUCACAUUUCUUUAUUCCAAAUAUCACCACCUUCUCUCAAAACAAAAAGGAGGUAUUAAUCUUUCUCCUUCUUACUAAAGCUCUCAACUUUCUUUAUAUUUCUUCAAGAAAACAUACAAAAUGGCAAUCAGAAAAUCAAACAAGCUACCACAAGCUCCAAUUUUGAAGCAAAUUCUGAAAAGGUGUUCGAGUUUAGGUAAGAAGGACGUCUAUGAUGAUGAAGAAGAUCACCUUCCUGUUGACGUACCAAAAGGACAUUUUACAGUUUACGUUGGAGAGAAUCGAACUCGAUACAUCAUACCUAUUUCUUUUCUGACUCAUCCAGAUUUUCAGUGCCUCCUUCGUUGCGCUGAAGAAGAAUUUGGCUUUGAUCAUGACAUGGGCAUCACAAUUCCUUGCGAAGAACUCGUUUUCCAGUCACUAACUUCCAUGAUCCGGUAGUGAAGUGUACAACAGGAAAGAAAAGAGUGAAUACUCAUGAACUAGGUGUAAGAUUUUUGAGUGAAGAAGAAUGGGCUCAAGCAGAAGCAAAUUGGUGUUUUUUGCUUCUCCUUUUGCUAACAUCUAAUUUCUUCACUCCACUAUUUUUUUUCUUUUUCUAGAAACCACAUGAUAUUACUAGUAGUUUUUCUUUUGGGGUCAGGAUCAAGAUUUGUACAAAAAAAAAAAAAAAAUCUUGGAAAUUUCCUUGCAUUGGUGUUUUGCACCCAAUGAGAAUAGAGAAUCUCUUUUAAUCGAUUUCCCAUUUUCGACUCCCAAUCUAUUUGCAUUUUUACUGUCAAUUGAUCAUACUGGUAUUGGUGCAUUCUUCUUGAAUUGUAAUAUACUAGCAGUGCAUAGUAUUUACGUAGUAGCAAUGACAUUCUUGGCUCUACUCUGAAGACAUGGUUGAACAGAUAAAAUAUAUCACUCUUAUAAUUUAAACUUUUAGAUAGAUUUAUCACAUCAUUUAACAUACUAUCAUAGUAGACGGUGGUUCUGGUUUCAAGUGUUAAGUCACUCUGCAUUAAUUUCUUUCACGUGCUUGACCCAUAAAAAAUGAAUCGAACAGUUACUCUGCCAAAACUUGUACACGAGUCCACUACACAACCCAAUAUUCUCAUUAUUGUUCUAAGCUUUAGUUGACUAUUAUAAAAGGAAACCAAAAAAUGACAAUAAUGAGAAUGCUGGUAAUCCAUUAAAUUGUCAAUUUUGACACAUCAUCCGCAAUUGGAAUCACGCGUGACGUUUGCCGGAAUCGGGUGUCCACGAGAUACACACGUGUAAAGUUGAAGUGUCUAUAUGGUCAUAAUGAAAGUUGGGGUGUUCAACUGUCACGGAGGCCAAGUUAAGAUGUCUAACUAUGUAUUCUGCCAAAGGAAAAAUAUGUAAACAUAGAAACAAAAGUUUAUUUGCACCCCGAACAGGAAAAUUACUCUGUAUUGUAAAAAAAAAAAAAAAAAAAAAAGGUCCGAUUUCUAAAUUAUAGGCCAUUAUCAACUGUAAUCAUAAGAAGCUUUUAUGGGAUUAAAAGAGUAAUCAUCAUAAUCAUUUUUAUAAUCCAAAUUCCAAACCAAACAGAGUUACAAGAGAAUGAAUAUGUGUAUAUUUUAUCAUUCAGUACUAGUGCAAAAUACAAAAUCUCAAUUGAAGAAUUCAGAAGAGAAGACAUCUCAAAGUCUUUAACAAAGACUCCUCGUUCUCACACUAACAUUCUUUUA